AUGUCUGGUCACGGUAAAACUGGAGGCAAAGGGCGUGCCAAGGCCAAGACUCGCUCCUCCAGAGCCAGGCUCCAGUUCCCCGUUGGCCGUAUCCACUGGCUGCAGCAAGGUCACUAUGCCGAGCAGGUUGGGGCUACAGCCCCCGUCUACCUGGCCGCCGUCCUCGAGUACCUGACGGCCGAGAUCCUCAAGCUGGCUGGCAACCCGGCUUGGGACAACAAGAAGACCCAUAUCUUCCCCCGCCACCUACAGCUCACCAUCCGCAAUGACGAGGAGCUCAGCAAGCUGCUGGGAGGCAUCACCAUAGUCCAGGGUAGGGUCCUGCCCAACAUCCAGGCUAUGCUGCUGUCCAAGAAAACCAGCCACCCCAGCAAGGUUUAUGCCUGA